AUCCUCCACCAAUCGAACGCACGCCCCGCCCCUUGUGCUAGUAGCGCUUGGUCGACAUCAGAAAAGUGAAAGAGUGAAGUGAAGAGUUCUUAAAAUUCGGCUAGAAAGCGAGAAAUAUGUCGUCUGGAGCUCUGUUCCCUAGCUUGGUGUCCGGAUCCCGAGGCUCCUCAAGCAAAUACCUGGUAGAGUUCCGUGCUGGAAAAAUGACCCUGAAGGGCAGCACCGUGACCCCAGAUAAGCGCAAAGGACUUGUGUACAUUCAGCAAACAGAUGAUUCGCUCAUCCACUUCUGCUGGAAGGACAGAUCCUCGGGGAACGUGGAGGAUGACCUGAUCAUUUUUCCUGAUGACUGUGAGUUCAAAAGGGUCAAUCAGUGCACCACGGGUCGUGUUUUUGUGCUUAAGUUUAAAGCUGGCUCCAAAAGACUCUUCUUUUGGAUGCAGGAGCCUAAGACAGAUAAAGAUGAGGAGUACUGCAGGAAAGUGAACGAAUACCUCAACAACCCACCAAUACCUGGCACUCUGGGGAGUGGAGGCGGCAGCAGCCAUGAGCUGUCUGCUCUUGGAGGUGAAGGUGGCCUUCAGAGUCUCCUUGGUAAUAUGAGUCAUAACCAACUGAUGCAACUCAUAGGACCAACUGGGCUCGGUGGUCUGGGGGGUCUGGGGGCGCUGGCAGGACCAGGCCUGGCCAGCCUGCUAGGAAGUGGAGUUCCAGCCACUAGCAGCUCAUCUUCCAGCUCUCGUAGUCAGUCCACUGCCGCCACUCCAUCAUCCACGUCGGCCCCCACGCGCCUCGGCCCCUCCCAGGUUCCAACUACACCCAUAACUCCAUCUGUAACAGUCACAGCCUCACCUGCACCCACCCCCAGCACUCCUGCAGGCCCUGCUCUUUCUGCCGGAGCCACCAGCCCAUCUCAGCCCAUCCAACUGAGUGACCUGCAAAGCAUCUUAGCUACAAUGAACGUGCCUUCCUCAGGACAAGGAGUGGACCUUGCAAGUGUUUUGACCCCCGAGGUCAUGGCCCCAAUUCUCGCUAAUGCAGAAGUGCAGCAGAGGCUCCUGCCAUACCUCCCGUCUGGAGAGUCUCUUCUUCAAAGCACAGAAGAACUUCAAAACACUCUCACCUCGCCGCAGUUUCAGCAGGCUAUGAGUAUGUUCAGCAGUGCGCUGGCAUCAGGGCAGUUGGGGCCUUUGAUGAAUCAGUUUGGAUUACCUACGGAAGCCGUAGAGGCGGCCAAUAAAGGAGAUGUGGAAGCAUUUGCCAAGGCCAUGGAAGGUGAAGGCAAGUCGCAUGAAGGAGGAGACAAGAAAGAUGAUGAGGAGGACAUGAGUUUAGAUUAGGCAACUCUCUACAUGAGCUGCAUUCAUCAUUUAAACUUUUUUCUCACUGUAGAGCUUCCAGAGCAUCAUGUUGUAAAGUUAAAGGUGAUCAUUUUUUUUCUGUUAUAAAGGGAUAGUUCAGACAAAAAAAAAUUCUGUCAUUUGAAAAUGUAGAUAUUUUUAAAGAAACACGACAGGUUUCUGUUUAUCAGUUGAAAAUCUACAUAAAGUGAUCAUACCCCUCACAAGAGGAUUAAACUACUUGAUUCAUAAGGAUUCAUUUUACAUCCCCUUUGGGUGUUUUUUUUUGUGUUUGGUUACCUUAACUUGUUUUUCAAGGUUUAUUUAGAGUUUUAUAGGUUUGCAAGGGUUUUUUGGUGAACUAUUCCUUUAAACACUUAAUUCUGUCCCAGUCGCUUUAUAACAGUGACAGAUUUUUUUUUUCUGUAUUGUGAUUUAAAAAAAAUUUACAAAAUAGAAAAGGGUUAAUAUGCCAAGUUUAAUGUGCUUUCAACAUUUCUCUGUUUGAACGUCCUCACAUCAGUACUUCCUGCUUUACUGUUGGCAUUACGGUGGGACUACCUGUGCAUCUGAACUAUAGAUAUUUCACAUUUCCAUUUUAAUCAGGAGGUCUUAAUACUGUUAUUAAAACCCUUUUGCAAAUAAAGAAACUUGCAUCAACA